UUAGAUACGAGAAACGGCGAGACAUUUCAUCAUCUUUUCAUGAGGAGCAAAGAACAACACUGACUGUCUCUCUGUCCUUUUUCAAGCAAUUCUGACAGUUAUCUCGGAGAUAGCGGUAUAGAGCUGCCAUGCCAACCAUAGGAGUAAACAGAGAUCUCCUUUUCGAGAGGCUCGGACGGACGUACACUGAAGAGGAGUUUGAUGAGCUAAUGUUUGACUAUGGACUGGAACUGGAUGAAGUGACUUCAGAGAAGGCCAUGUUGGAGAAAGAGCAGGGUGUGACGGCACAGGGGGCGUCUGAAGCCAUCAUCUACAGGAUAGAGAUACCUGCCAACAGAUACGACUUACUGUGUUUGGAAGGACUGGUGAGAGCCUUACUAGUUUUCAAAGAAAAACAGAAGGCCCCCAGGUACAAGGCUAUCCCCCCUGCUGAUGGCAACUCCCAACAACUCAUCAUUCAAGAAGCAACUGCACAAGUGCGCCCUCAUGCAGUUUGUGCGGUAUUGCGGGGUGUCAACUUUACCCAGGCCAUGUACCAGAGCUUCAUCGACCUCCAGGACAAGCUGCACCAGAACCUAUGCAGAAAGAGAAGCCUGGUUGCCAUAGGAACCCAUGACCUUGACACCAUCCAAGGUCCCUUCAUCUACAAUGCAAAGCCACCGGCAGACAUCAAGUUCAAGCCUCUCAACCAGACCAAGGAGUACACAGCUGUGGAGCUCAUGCAAUUAUACAAGUCUGACAGCCAUCUAAAGCACUUCCUUCACAUUAUUGAGGACAAGCCUGUGUACCCCAUCAUCUAUGACCAGAAUGGUGUGGUCCUGUCCAUGCCACCUAUAAUCAAUGGUGAGCAUUCAAAGAUUACACUGAACACCAAGAACAUCUUCAUCGAGUGUACGGCCACGGACCUGCACAAGGCUAAGAUGGUGCUGGACUCUCUGGUCACCAUGUUUUCUGAGUACUGCCAGACACCGUUCACAGUGGAGUCUGGAGAAGUCAUCACCCCAGAUGGUACCAAGCUCACAUAUCCUGCUCUGCCCUACAGAGAGGAGAUUGUUGAUGUGGCCUGGAUCAACAAAAGUGUGGGGAUAAGUGAGAGUCCUGAGUCCAUAGCCAAACUACUGACCAGGAUGUGCUUGUCAUCGGAGGUUGUGGAAGAGUCAAAGGUCAAAGUUGAGAUCCCACCCACAAGAUAUGAUAUCAUCCAUGCAUGUGAUAUCAUGGAGGAUGUGGCUAUAGGAUAUGGCUACAACAACAUCCAGAUGACCAUACCUAAAACCAACACCAUAGCAGACCAGUUUGGGCUGAAUAAGGUCGCAGACCUCCUGAGACAAGACAUCGCAGCUGCAGGCUUCACAGAGGUUCUGUCCUUCUCAUUGUGUUCUAGAGAUGAUGUAGCAGGGAAACUGAACAAAGACAUUGACUCCUCUGGAGCUGUUCACAUUGCCAACCCCAAAACCCUAGAAUUUCAGAUUGCUAGAACAACCUUGCUUCCAGGCAUCCUGAAGACUGUUGCCUCCAACAAGAAGAUGCCUCUGCCCAUGAAACUGUUUGAGAUCUCAGAUAUCAUGCUACAGGACAAGGACAAAGAUGUUGGUGCGAGGAAUGAGCGCCACUUCUGUGCGGUGUACUACAACAAGAACCCCGGGUUUGAGAUCAUCCACGGCCUGCUGGACAGGUUCAUGCAGCUGUUGGAGGUUCCCUACAGUAAGGAGGGGAGUGGCUACUUCAUCAGGGCAGCUGAUGAUCCCACCUUCUUCCCCGGGCGCUGUGCAGAGGUUGUAGUGAAAGCUCAGGUGGUGGGAAAGCUGGGAGUUCUUCAUCCUGAUGUCAUCACCAAGUUUGAACUCAACAAUCCAUGUGCAGCUCUGGAAAUCAACCUCGAAGCACUGCUUUAACCAAUCAGCUGUUAGCUUUAGGGUGGUGUAGUAUCCUAUAGGAAGUGGCUAUGAUUAUCCCAUCAUGCAGCAUCCUCUUAGAAUGUCAAAUAUGGGCAUGAAGCUUAUCAUGUGACCAUGCAAUUCUGUCACAUUCAGAAUGAUUACUCCAUCAGCUUUGCAACCUUGUGUCUGGCAAAGAACAGUCAUGAGAUAUUGCAUGAAAAGGGCUUUAUUCCACUUUAAGAACAUAUUGAACAAUUUGCUGGAAGUAAUGUGACUGACAGUCCAAUGUAUGCUCAAAGGUAGUAUGUAGGAAUGGAUAUUGGAGGGAACAACAACAGUAAUAUAUAAGUUAAGGAAAAGGGGCAUAGACAAGAGAAGGGUAGGGAUUAAUAAGGGUAAUAUAAGGUUUCUUGGGAGACACUGUAAGAUGUAAAUUGGUACCAUAUCUGUGGUUCAGAUAUGGCCACAGACUAGUCAAUGUGGGAAAACUGUGUACUAUAAUUAAAACAGGCUACUUGGUGAGAUGACCCUGCUUCCCCUAUGUGUGAUGCUACAGUAUGAGGAACCUACAAUAUGAGAUCUUCACAAAAUUAUCCAAUUGGCAACUAUGAACACUUCCUUGUAGAAUGACUAGAUAGUAAUUGUCAAAAUCUAUGUUAUACAGUACAGCCACCAUCCAUGGAUGAAGGUCCUUUUGUGUGAAAAUAGCUUGUCACUGGUGACGUUUGGCUCAGGGUGUCACAAUCUUGUCAAUGAUGGGUAGAUAGUUUUAAUAUCUAACGUUUGAAAUGCUUAAAUGAAUGGCAGGACUGUAAAAUUUGACAUGGGAGUGAGACUCAACAUUUGUUAAUGAAAAUAUCUACAAAAUCUUAUAUUUCGAAUUUUGUGUAGUUUAAGUGUGUAUGAAGAUGAUUUUAAUAUCUACAUGCCUAUAUUUGUCAUUAUCAUUACUUGAUACUACAUUCUGUAGGCUUAUGCACUUUUCAUGCCAUAACAGAAAGUGCAUUAUAAGGUGUUAUUUUGCAGAUGAAAUAUUGAAAUAUACCGUUACUCUCUUACUCAAAAAAAAAUUUCUAUGCGCAUGUAUGACAAAAAGUUAAAAGAAGUUUCCUGUUUUGAACAAUUUUCCUGAUAGUUAUAACAUUACCAAUCUGCUAAGACUUGUAACAUUGACCUAAAGCUGCCCAUUGCUAUGAAUAAAGGACCAACUUUCAGUA